GCUGCUGCUGCUGAGGAGGAUGAUGAUCCGCUCGGUCGACAUGCUGAACCGGGGAUUCAUCCAACCUCCCAGACCCUGAGCUCCACCUUUAAAUCGGCCCCCUCCCUCCCUCUAUCUCUCUCUCUCCCUCUCUCUCUCCCUCUCUCUCUCUCUCUCCCUCCCCUCUUCACACCGUCCUUCCCCCAUGAAGCAGCAAGGCUGGAGAAGGUGGCCGUGAUCGACCCCCCCUGACCCGCUAUAAUAAAUGGUUUUGGAGCUGGCAGCGCCCGCCAGCGCAGGCCCGUCGCUGCAGCGCUGCAUCCCGCACAUCGAGCGCGUUUUCCGGGUGAAGGUGAGCUGCAGAGCCGCGGACCCCCAGCAAGGAGCCUGCGGCGGCGUGCUGGUCAACAUCGGCGAUGGCACGGAGGAAGACUGCACCAAGGCGAAGGACUACAUUGUGUCUCUGAUCUCUCCCGUCCAGCGGCACCGUGAGCGUCUGACCCUGUGGCUACAGCGGCGCCUGCACUCCCUACGCACCGCCAUCGAGUACGAAAGCUGUGCGGUGCUGCAGGUGAGGGACCAUGCGCUGGAGCUGCAGGGCGGCCCCGCCCAGGUGACGGCCGCAUGCGCCAUGCUGCAGCGCCUCAAGAUGGAGCACCGCGGAUGGUGCCGUGACCCGCAACCCGCGCCUUCGCCCACCGGCCACGCCUCGCCCGAGGAGGAGGAGGAAGAGGAGGAGGACGACGAAGGAGAGGAAGAGGGCAGCAGCUCUGAGAGCGAAGGAGAGGCCAGGUCACGGAGCGGGAGUUCGGGAGGAGGAGCCGGGGGCGGAGCUGCAGAAGCCGGAGGAGGAAGGAAACGAGAGCCGCUAAUGGCCACCAAACCGCACCGCCAACUUUGCCGCUCGCCGUGUUUGGACCGUCCCAGUUUCAGCCAGAGCAGCACGCUGCAGGAGCUACGUGCUGAAGACGCCCGCUCAGACUCUGCCCACAGAACGCCCCCUAACUCCACAGACCACGCCCCCUUGCAACCGACGAGCAGCGAAAGCAGAGAUUACCAAACCAAAAUGGAGUUUGCGCUGAAGCUGGGCUAUUCGGGCGAGCAGGUCGAGUCCGUCUUGAGUAAACUAGGCACCAGCGCUUUAAUCAACGACGUCCUGGCCGAACUGGUCCGGCUCGGAAAUAAAGGAGAGCUGGAGGCCCAGGUGCCGGUCAGUUCAGCUAGUUUAGCCCCCCGGGGCCCCGGAGCCAAAGAGGCGGUCAGUCCGGAGGCGUCCCUUGAAGAGGAGACGACAGACACGUAUGACAACCUCCGACCCAUCGUUAUAGACGGAUCCAACGUAGCCAUGAGCCAUGGAAACAAAGAGGUUUUCUCGUGCCUGGGCAUCCAGCUGGCGGUUGAUUGGUUCCUGGAGAAAGGACACAAAGACAUCACCGUGUUUGUACCAGCAUGGAGGAAAGAGCAGUCCCGACCAGACGCCCCUAUAACAGACCAGGAGAUCCUGAGGAAGCUGGAGAAGGAGAAGAUCCUGGUCUUCACCCCGUCUCGUCGUGUCCAGGGCCGACGGGUUGUUUGUUACGAUGACCGCUUCAUUGUCAAGCUGGCCUAUGAUUCUGACGGCAUCAUCGUCUCCAAUGACAACUACCGGGACCUGCAGAACGAGAAGCCGGAGUGGAAGAAGUUCAUCGAGGAACGGCUCCUCAUGUACAGCUUCGUCAAUGACAAAUUUAUGCCCCCUGAUGACCCACUAGGCAGACAUGGUCCAAGCUUGGAGAACUUCCUGCGCAAGCGACCCGUGGUGCCGGAGCACAAGAAGCAACCGUGUCCUUACGGUAAGAAGUGCACAUAUGGUCACAAGUGUAAGUACUACCACCCGGAGAGAGCCGCUCAGCCCAUGCGCUCCGUAGCAGACGAACUCAGGGCUUUUGCCAAACUAUCUGCUGUUAAAACCAUGAGUGAGGGUGCUCUUGCCAAGUGUGGCACCUCUGGCAACACUGCCAAGGGGGACAGUUCGGAGGCCAAACGAGUGGCGCCAAAGCGACAGUCGGACCCAAGUAUCCGCUCGGUGGCAUGCGAGCAGGAAGAGCGACUCUGUCCAGCUCGGAAAGCCGAAGCAAAUUCUGUCCCAUCCUUAGUGACGGCACUAAGUGUCCCCACCAUGCCUCCUACAAAAAGUCAUGCUGCCGGUGCCCUGAACACUCGGUCAGCUAGUAGCCCUGUGCCAGGGUCACUGCACUUUACCCACAGCUCUCUAGAACACACCAGCAGUGUCCAGUAUCCCCCUAUUCUUGUCACAAACAGCCAGGGUGCAUCUGUGGCAUACAGUGAACCUUUCCCUAAGUACGAUUCUGUGGUCAGUGAUCAUGGCUACUACUCAAUGCUCAGUGAUUUUUCCACUAUCAGCUUGGGUAGUAUGCAAGACAGCUUCUGUAGCCUGGAGCAGCCAGAUCCGACAGGGGGAGGGUAUUCUGAACGAGCCUCCAGCAUGUGUCCUGAACCUGGACGGAGCCAUUCUUCAGACUCUUUCUCCUCUUACGGUGGAGAGAUGUACUCUAUGGAGGGCAGUCUGGAUGACAGCAUGAAAGGUCCACCAUCACAAGUUCAAGUGCAGUCAUCUGCACAGACUCGCUUGCAAGCAUUUGCGCAUGGCUUCCACCAUGAGGCCUUGACCAGGGUCCAAAGUUACGGCACAGAUGAACCCAAACCAGGGCCACGCAAGCAGUCCUCAGCUCACCUUGUUCCCCAUGCACAGCAUCCUGUGGUAGGAGCCCGAUCUAGCUGUCCAGGCGACUACCCCCCACUUUCCCAGAACGUGAUGCCUUCAUCUGGCCCGACACAGCAAGGUAGAUCGUUGGGAAUGACUCGCAUGGACAGCAUCUCGGACUCCCGUCUGUAUGAGAGUAAUCCCUUGAGGCAGCGCCGACCUCCUUUGUGCCGGGAGCAGCAUGCAAGCUGGGAUCCAUUGCCUUGUGGGAAUGAACCUUACGGGUACGGUGGUUACGGACUGACGGGAGCACUCAUGCCGUGCUGUGAGCGUGUCAUGGUCCGUAGUAUGCCGGAGAAGAUGGAGCAGAUUUGGAGGUCUCCCUGGGAUACUCCACCAGGACCACCUCCAGGACCUCAUGGGCCAGCGGUAGAGCCUCAAGAACGACACCCAAUCCCGGAGCAGCAGUACCAGACUUACCGCAACCUCUGCAAUAUCUUUCCAGCAUACGUAGUCCACUCAGUCAUGGAGAAGAAUCCUCACAUGACUGAUCCUCAGCAACUAGCGGCAGUCAUCGUGACAAAACUGCGGUCCUGUCAUUGAAUAUGUGGGCAGGCUAAGGGAGGGAUGGAGGGAUGCACAAUGGAAAUGUGAAGAUGUCUCGAUGGUAUUUCUGAAGUUGAUCUCAGCCCUGAAAGUUAUGGCCAGUCACUUGAAGAUGACAGCCAUGUAUUUUUACCUCUAUCUAGGCUUCUUGAGUCAGGUUUUUGGCAUUAUCACCUUGAUUAGCAGCAUGCUCUGGGUCAAGGCAUAUUUGAUAAUGGACCUUGUACCCAGAUUCAAAAUGAUCAUUCACUGGAGAAAAAGAUGCAUAUUUACCCUUUCUUGAAGAAGGGAUUUCUUUACAUUCAUACCAUUUAGCUUUCCAUUUUGGCCUGCAUAAAAUGCAUUUAUGCAGAAGGAACAUCUGGUCAACAGGUUUCCGCAGUGUCAAAAAGAGAGUGAGAAUCUGGGAUCAGCUCUUCUGUGCCAGUGUUUAAUUAUUUUAAUAUACAUAAAGUAGGAUGUGAGUUCCAAAAACGGAAUAGCUCUCUUAGUCUGAGACUCAGAUGAUGCUGUCCCGCAGGUCCCUCAAGGAAUACAUGAAGCGAAUAGUAGUUCUACGAUGAGUAGGCGAAUUUUGACCAGGUUGUGGACAACACAAAAGUGAAUUCUUAGCGAGAGAAGUCUAUCUGAUCAGAAACGAUCUUACACAAAUAUGAGUACAAUUGCGUAUUCACUUGCACCAGUGUAAAUAUUGUGACUAUUUUUUUGCCUUGUGUGUAAACAGGUGAAAUUUCAAAAAGGAGCGUGAACUCUUGAGUACCUCAAAGCAUGAACUUUGAACUUUUUGAACUUUUAUGGCCUUAUAUCAGUGACCUCACCACAGGUGUUAAUGUGAUUGAUUGUUUUUUGGGUGGUUGUGGAGGUCACCGUUUGUGUUUGGUAUUUAUCGGCGAGCACUGGCAGUAUUUACAGCAAUUAUGUUUUAUCGAUGCUACAUUUCCGAGGGGUAGUAUUUUGUGUGGAACGCCACAGACCUGCCAAAAUAACGUGCUAUUAUCCCUCCUUAUUCACAAAGCCAUUUUAAAAGAUCAUUCGACGCUGCUCAACUAAGGCCAAAAAGAUAAUCAACUUAGAGAUAGAGAAAUUUUAAUGUUUCACAAAUGCUAGCUAGCAGUUAGCCGGUUGAGUGCUACAACCAUGUUAGAGGUGUUUAUUUUGACGUGCAAUGCUAGACGCUAGUAUCGUGCAGUAACUUUACCAAUGCUAAAGGAUUCUCCAAGUAAUCUUUAAGAUGUUUACAUGGUUUUAAAGCUACAGUCAGGUUGUUUUUGCUAAGGGAUUCAUGUUUGAGCCGUGGAUGGCUGCAGUAGACCGCAAUUUGCGCUACGCCUUUCGGAAAAGAUUUUGGGAUGGCGAAUAUUCCUCCCGGAGAUUAUUGGGAAUCCAAUAUUUUCACAAGUAAGCCUUUGUCAUUAACAUCUGCAAAUUUACAUGUAAAUUUAGCAUUUACAGAACGUGCUGAUUAUAGCUUUAAACAGCUCUGAAUCCAUGCAUGAGACUAAAGUGAGAGCGCUAAACUUACUUGGCUCGUUAGUCAAUUAAGACUCAUAAUGACGUAAUUGUAACUUAAUUAUAGCGUAAUGAAAUUUGUGCGUUAACUAAGGGCAAGAGGGAAAUGCGUCUCAUCGGCAAAAUGCUUCUGAAGAGCAUCUAUUUUCUGAUUUGUGCCGGGAGAUAGCACCUCUGCCCUUCUCUGUGUAUUAGCGUAUCCUUAGGAGAAUCUUGUUGAAUGAAUGUUGCAGACCCAGAGAUGUUCUCGGUGUCUGGGUGGAACUCUUUUUUUCGGUUCUAUGGUUUUGUUUUUGUUUUCAUGAGCGCAGGUGGGGCCCUGAGGGGUUCUGUUACCGCUCGUGGGAAGGUGUGACACACUGCCUACCUGUUUCUCCCUGUGCGAUACACACACACACGGAACACCAGGCUGUCGUUGGGUUGUUUCUUACAUUUGACUGACAGGUCGCUUGCUGCCCUUCCCUCUUUCACCUAUUUUUUUUUCGCCCUGAACUGAACUCCAGCUUCUACACCAGGACAGAUUUUAGAUUCCGCUUGUAUUCGUUCUGCAGAAGAACCCGAAAACAAAGCCUGAUUGAAUCGAGCUAAUGCGACUCACAGUGCUCUACCCUUCAGCUCCACCUUUGGCAUGCCCUCGCCAACUUGGAACCUUCGACUAUGUAGUUCAUGAACGUCUUUUUCGGGCGGAGUGCGCUAGCACUCGUUUAGGUUAUCCUCAAUUAGCUAAUUGGCUAACAAUUUCUAGUGCAAAACGAACAUAAUAAUAACUGGGUAACUCAAGAAAAAAAAGCCUUAAAACAAAUAUAAAUAUUUGAGGGUCAUAAGCACCACACAGAUGAAAACUAAUGUAGUUAUGUCUAUUUUAACCUUUUAUUACAUUAUACAUGUUUCCCCAAUUCAUACUACCUCAAUCUGUCCACAUGUGUUUCUGGCUAAUGAGAUAAAACUACGAAGAACUAUACGUUGAUUUUUUACAUGAAUUUUUACAUCAACUUCCAUCACAAAUUCAUAAUGUGUUUCCUUUUCCUGUAAAUGUACCUAUUUGGAGAUACAACACUGACAGCGAAUGUACAACCCCAAUUGCAGUGAAGUUGGGACGUUGUGUAAAACAAAGACAGAAUACGAUGAUUUGCAAAUCCUUUUCAACCUGUAUUCAGUUGAAUACACUACAAAGACGAGAUAUUUCAUGUUCAAACGGAUAAACUUUAUUGUUUUUUGCAAAUAUUCACUCAUUUUGAAUUUGAUGCAGGUUCUGCUCCCUCAGCCCUUUCAGGGCUCAUCUGAUAAACUUCAUUCGAGCUACUAUGAAAUGAAAUUAAUUGGUGAGACCAAGUGGACGAGGCCAUGCGAAAAACCGAAUUGAAACAGGUGGACAGUUUACUGAAAAAUCAAAUUCACCCACCAAAUGUAGCCGAGACUUGUUUGGUGCCUGAACGUUGCUUCGUUAGCUGCACGGCUAAUGUAGCUAACAGGCUAACAGACACACUUCACAUUAGAAUGGCUAAAAAAAACGGACAAAUUCCACAAAGUGUCUUCGAGACGACGUAACAACCUGACGUGGUUUGAGCCGAGUGUCUUAGUCCUAAGGUUAGCCUGAUGCUAAUUUGUGGGAUGUAAACGUUGAUUGCUUGCUAGCUACGUUAGCCUCACAGCUGCACAGGGAAACUGCAGACGCUGCAGAUAUUUUGGCUGAUUAACUGCAUUUGGGGUGGGACAGGCUGCCUUUAUCAAACCUGAGACGUUCGUAAACUUAUUUUAAAGUGAUUUUAACGUCAUUUUUAGCCUUUGUUGGUCUUUCUACGUGUUCUGCUCCCUCAGGAUCCUCGGUGAGAUUACUCGAAACUAGGAGUGGGACAGAAGAAGACAAGGAAAAAGGUCCUAAGUUCUGUUUUGGUCCAUCUCAAGAUCCUGAAGUCAGCUUCAUGAGAUAAUUUCCCCAUUUUCGUUUUGCUCCUAGCUUCUACCUCCUCCUCCUCCUCGCAGCAAGCUAUCACACCUCAAAUGUCUAGAAACGACCUUUGCUUGUUGAUACAAAUUGUAUCUAUUUCUUGAUUGUAAAAAAAAAAAAAAAAAGAAAU